UACCUGUACCUUCCUUCGUGCCUUUGCCCAGUACCUAUCAGCUGUCCGAUAUUCUUUUCUGCUGCACUGUCAUUGGCGAUGUUGAAUACCUCUGCCGACGAGCUUACGAUGAAUUCUACAACUGCUAUGCUAGCUGCAAGUUCCAUACAUGAGAGCGACUCGAAGAAGAAGAAAAAUGGCAGCAGCAGCAACAGCAAGGACUCCAUCGAUUUCGUCAAGCCUUCUCUCAAAGAAGAGUACAAAUCGACACUAGACGAACCAUCUACUAGCCACAUCGAAUACCUCGUUCCGUCCUCCUCAUUCCCGAAUGCUCGGUCUAGCACCGAGCUCGCCAAAAUCCGCUGCCAAAACCAAUCCGAUUCCCCCCUUCUCCGCCUCCCUCGCGAACUCCGCGACAUCAUCAUCGCUUUCUCCGUAUUAGAUCCCACCCCUCACUCCCCACUCCCACCUCUUCUCCAAACCUGCCAUGCACUUCGCCCCGAAGUUGCGGAAAUCUACUACUCUAAAAAACUCAUUCUCGCUGGAGGAGCGCCUUCUCCAAUGUAUGAGAAGGGGUUCUUCAGAGGUUUCGAUCCGGAACAUAAGAGGCUUGUGAAGAGGUGUCAUUGGUUGUGGGAUGCUUACGGGACGGAGCAGGAUGCGAUGAAGAGAGCGAGGGAGUUGGAUGGGUUGACGGGGGUGAGGGAGGGAGUGUGGACGGUGGGGUUUAUUGAUGUCUUCGGGGGGGAUGCGAAUGUUGAGAAUGGCGAUGGGGAAAGGAAGAGAGGGGCCAAGGCGGUUUAUGUGAAUUGUAGAGGGGAGAUUAGGGAGCCGGGGAGUUGCGGGUAGAUGAGGGAGAGACAGUGCUUGAUCGAGGAGGACUUACUGAAGCAAGUCUCACUUCACUUGAGGGAUGGAUCACUUAUCGCUGGCCGACAGCUGCUGGCUGCGGCCGAAGAUUUGCCGAUGAAGUGCGUGUUUACCUUACCUGAGGUGCUCUUGGUCUUACAUCAGAGGUUGUUUUCUCCGACGGCCCUCGUCAACUCCCAGCACCAGCGCAUACGAGCCCGCGGUCAAGGUCGUUGCUGCCGUCCUCGCCCAGUCUUUCCCACUUUUCUCCCGCUCCGAUGAGAGAAGUCACCGGCAAGAUCGUGCCAUACAUACUAGCUCCGCAUCAUCAACAGCCGACAUGUUUGCUGUGUGUUGUUCAGCAGACGGCUGCAUAAGAACGAGUUCAGACCUUGGCGAUUGAGCUGCGUGAGCUAGUUCUUGGUCUGUGGGAAAGAUGUAUACCUACCUAGGUACCUUACCUGGCACUCUGGUGGCAGAGGUCGAUGGGCGAAAGCGGAGGAGCUGUCGGUGGUCUACAACACCUAGGCAGUCAUUCUGUAGAGAUCGUGCGGGCUCCAGCUUUUCGGGCCUUGAUGGCACAGAGUUCCUGGGCUGCAGCAGCUCCGUUACAUAGCGACGCCACAUGCGAGACACUCUAAUCCAAGCAACGGCGGCAACCAGUGGCUCAACAUGGAGCUGUGCGAAUAGGUACUGCCUAUACUUA